AUAAAGAGUAUAAGGGAGGUAGAUCAAACGCGUGCCUGCAUGUUUCUGUUUGUGCCGAACACGUCUUGGCCAAAAUGAAGAUCGAAGAAGUGAAAAGUACGACAAAAACUCAAAGAAUCGCAUCACACAGUCAUAUAAAAGGUUUAGGAUUGGAUGAAAAUGGAUAUGCUAUCCAAAGUGCUGCCGGCUUGGUGGGGCAAGAACUUGCUCGCGAGGCUGCUGGUGUGGUGGUUGAGCUAAUCAAAUCAAAGAAGAUGGCUGGCCGAGCUGUCCUUCUUGCAGGUCCUCCAGGUACUGGCAAGACUGCCAUUGCUUUAGCCAUUGCACAAGAACUUGGAACCAAAGUGCCAUUCUGUCCAAUGGUGGGAAGUGAAGUCUACUCAACAGAAAUCAAGAAGACAGAAGUUCUAAUGGAGAACUUUCGACGAGCCAUCGGACUGAGGAUCAAGGAAACCAAGGAAGUAUAUGAAGGAGAAGUAACAGAACUUACACCUGUCGAGACUGAGAACCCCAUGGGAGGGUAUGGCAAAACUGUAAGUCAUGUUGUGAUUGGACUGAAGACAGCAAAAGGAACAAAACAACUGAAGCUGGAUCCGUCUAUAUAUGAAAGUCUACAGAAGGAGAAAGUGGAAGUUGGAGAUGUGAUUUAUAUUGAAGCUAACAGUGGAGCAGUGAAGCGCCAAGGCCGAUCUGACAGUUAUGCCACAGAGUAUGAUCUGGAGGCAGAGGAGUAUGUACCCCUACCUAAAGGAGAUGUCCAUAAAAAGAAGGAAGUUAUUCAAGAUGUGACGUUACAUGACCUGGAUUGUGCCAAUGCAAGGCCACAGGGAGGCCAGGAUAUCAUGUCUAUGAUGGGACAGCUUAUGAAACCGAAGAAAACAGAAAUCACAGAUAAACUAAGGAAGGAGAUAAACAAAGUGGUGAACAAAUACAUAGACCAGGGUAUAGCUGAACUGGUACCAGGAGUGUUGUUUGUGGACGAGGUUCACAUGUUGGACAUUGAGUGUUUCACCUACCUCCACCGAGCUCUUGAAUCUACGAUAGCCCCCAUCGUUAUCUUUGCCACAAACAGGGGCAAAUGUACAAUUAGAGGUACAGAGGACAUUGUGUCUCCCCAUGGCGUUCCCCUUGAUCUGUUGGACCGUGUUAUGAUCGUCCGAACUUUACCAUACUCACAAGAGGAAAUGGUCCAGAUAUUGAAAAUCCGAGCACAAACAGAAGGAAUUCAGAUAGAGGAACCGUCAUUGCAGACGUUAGGCCUUCUUGGUACUCAAACAACACUCAGAUACUCUGUACAGUUACUAACUCCCACCAACCUUUUAUCUCGCAUCAAUGGAAAAGACACAAUUGGAAAAGAAGAAAUUGAGGAGAUUAGCAAACUUUUCUAUGAUGCAAAAUCAUCAGCAAAAAUACUUGCUGAACAACAGGACAAAUUCAUGAAGUAAAUGAGGGAAAGAAGAUCUGUUUGUUUCACUUUUCAUAAAAAAAAUCACCAACAUUUUUCGUGACUUUUGAACUCUCCUAAGAGGACAGUGAUUUAUUGGAAGAAGUGCAUGCACCAUUCUGAAACAUUUCAUCAGCAUUUGUAUUUCUUCUUGUUCUUGUGGACCAUUAUUAUGCAUUCAUUAAAUGGUGGGUAAUAAAUUAUUGUUUCACAUUUAA